GUGGAGCUUUACGGCAUCCCUGAUGGUCACACUGAUACAUCUCCUGAUGUUGGUAUCUGCAUUGCCGCUCUUUUUGCAGCUGAACUUCGAGGGCGGAUGCAGCUUCGUCGCAUAGUCGAUGCUUCCCAUUUCACUCCUGACAUCAAUUUCAAUAAGAUCGAGCAACCUCCGCCCUUACGCGAGAUUCCUCUAUUUCGGAGAAGUUUUCCAACUGACUGGAGACGUGAUUCAACUUCAGCAGAUCAACUGUCUCAGAGCAGUGAACUAGCCAAAGAGUGGCGUGAAUGGUCUCCGCGCAGGGCUCAUAUUCCACCUCUAGAAGUCAAGUGGCUGGACGAUCAUGGGUACUGUACAGGAGGAGAGUAUCUUGUCAACAUCGAAGGUUCACAGACGCAAUCACCGUACGAGUUCUACGCUAGGCCGAUCAAAAGGGAGCCCGUUCGUGUUACUCAAAGCACGUAG